ACUUUUGCGUUUUAAAUUCUGUUUCCUACCAAUCCAAGCAAACACAGAGGUUAUCCUUAGUUGCCCACGCAAAACACACAAUUGACGCAUACAUGUAAAUGGAGAUUGAAUCAUCAGAGAAUUCUAAUUGGCUCUUCGAUUACGAAUUGGUGGACACCAUUCCAAUCGUCACCGGCGACUUCCCGGCGUCGGCCUCUGGUUGCUUCAGUUGGGGUCCUCAAUCCCUCAAUUGCUCCUCUAAUGCAAGCGUGGAAGUUGACUUCUCGUUUGGCACUUCAGAUAAUGUCAAUGAAGCUGGCUCAAAGAAACGGUUGAGAUCUGAAUCACACAGUUCGUCUGGUUCCAAAGCAUGCCGGGAGAAAUUGCGGAGGGAUAAGCUUAAUGAGAGGUUUCUGGAGCUAAGUUCUAUCCUGGAGCCUGGAAGGCCUCCAAAAACAGACAAGACUGUCAUUUUGAGUGAUGCUGUUCGAAUGGUGUCCCAGUUGCGAAGUGAAGCCCAGAGGUUCAAAGAAUUGAAUGAGGAUUUGCAAGCUAAGAUUAAAGAAUUGAAGACUGAGAAGAAUGAACUUCGUGAUGAGAAGCAGAGGCUAAAGUCAGAUAAAGAGAAAAUGGAGCAGCAAGUCAAUUACAUGAGAGCACCAGGCUUCUUGCCUCAUCCCUCUGCAGUGCCAACUGCAUUUGCCACUCAAGGUCAAGGUCAAGGUCAAGCCGCUGGUAAAAAUCUGAUGCCUUUCAUCGGGUACCCUGGCCUCGCAAUGUGGCAAUUCAUGCCACCUGCAGCAGUUGAUACAUCACAGGAUCACGUUCUUCGCCCUCCAGUAGCUUAAUUUGGAGAUCGAUCAUCUUAUAUAGCGCAUGCUACCUGAACCAUGUCAGUGCUCAGAUAUAUUAUCAACUGCUUUCAAAUAUGGUUAUUUGGACAUCUUACAGGUGAAAGAACUUGUUUAAAUGGGCAUCCUCUAUGUAGAACUUGUUUAUGCUGUUCUGACCCUCUGUAGUCAAAAAUAGAUUUCUAAACUAGAGUUAGUAUCCUUUUUACUGCAACUUUUUGAUGAAAACUUGCAAAUUAACUAG